ACCAACACAAUUCGAACACAACUGUGCCAAGAAUAAAACUGAGCAGUCGGCACAUAAAACAGCUCUUCUCCACUUGUUUGUGGCAAGAAGGAAAGAGAAGACAUGUUUUCCUUUUGCUCUAACCUACUUCACUGCUUCAUAAGCCUAUCAUGUGUUGUAACAUUUAUUGCAACAGCAGCUUCUGGUAUCCUCCUAAUACUAGCCUCAGAGGAGCCGAGCAGCUCACUAGGAGAAGGUGGCCCUUAUGCUCUUAUACCAGGGAUCGUCUUUGUGUCAGUUGCUAUAGUGACGGUACCAUUAGGAAUCUAUGGAUGCUUAAGUGUUCGUAACGAUAGCUCAAAAAGAUUAGUAAUAUAUACUGUUAUUGCAAUUCUUGUCUCAAUUGUCAUUCUUUUGUGUUCAAGUGUCCUCUUCACUUUUACUUACACUAACAUGAUUAGUAACAACCUAAACUCCACUUUAUGGUCUGAAUUAAGGAAGCCCAACAAUUCAAAUGAUACCAGCAAGAUGUUUGAUAUACAGACUAAAUACAAAUGUUGCGGUGUGACUAACGCUAGUGACUGGUUUGAUCCAAGUACUAAUUGGUUCAACUCCUCUCAUCAUAACCAGUACCCAGUGUCUUGCUGUUCUUCAGCAACAAUUAGUGAUCCAUGCACUGAUCUUCACCAGAAAGGUUGUCAAGAUGCCCUUCUUUCAAAGCUACGGCUUGUAGUGGAUGUGUCUUUUGGUGUUGCAAUUGCUGCUUCUCUUUUACAACUGUUGACAGCAGGGUUGACGUGUUAUGGUAACAAGGUGAUAUCCAAAUAUAAACACUAUGACAUCUUUUAGUUUUAUGUAAACAGUUAUUAGCUCUGGAGUGUACCAGUAAAUAGUGUUUUAUAUAACCAAUUGUACAUGUUUUCCAUUUAUUAUUCUGUGCUACUGUUCUCUUUGUUGUUAUUGAUCAGUAUACCCAUUUAUUGAUUGAUUCUUAUUAUUAACCUGA